AUGUCCGAGUACUGCCGCUCGUGGGCAGACUCGCUCGGUUACCCCGAUGCCUCUGCGAGUGCCGCCUAUGCUGGCGCUGGCUCGGGCUACUCUCGCUCCUCGGAAGACGUCGACGAACAAGCUACCAUCGACCGCAUGCUUGCCUGGGACUCUUGGAACACGACUGCUCAUGCACGCUGGCCUCAAGCUAACCCACGAAGCAUGACCGCGCACCGGGCGCCCAGCGCGCCCUCACCGCCCGAGUCUCCCAUUCUGCGGCCACCUUCCCCACUGCCCUCGGACGAUGACGUGGGAGACGCAGACGCAGACGACGACGGUCUGAGUCUGGCCAGCUCGGAUCUCGAGGCCAGCUGGCUCGACGUUCGCCACAGCGACGGCGGGACGUCGGUGUCUGGCUCUGCAAGUGCCCUGGACUCGACGGCCAUUUCCGACAUUGACCCUUCGUCUGAGAGCGAGCGCGACUGGCAGUCGGACAUUGAGAAUGACGUCUCUGCAACCAACGAGGACGAGGACGACAAGGACGACCUCGACCUCAGCCUCGACCUCACCCUCAAAGAGUCGCCCGAAUUUGACGACUUCCAACGCUCGUUCAUCUUCCCGGACCCCAACUCGGCCUCGGCUUCGUUCACCACCGUCAAGGACGACACGCCUGUCCCUUCUCUCUCGAACACGGCCGACGACAAGAGCUCGUUCUGGAACUCGCCGGCCGAGCGCCGUCUCCCCGACGACAAGAAGGAGAAGCAAGCCUCCGUCACACCUGCCACAAGUACCUCGACCCCGGCCUCCUUUCCAGUUGGUCCUACCGAGCCUAGGCGAAAGCAAUGGACGGCCCUAGUCUCGGUCCUCGUCUUUGUGGUCCUCUUCCUCAAGCUGGGUCCCUCCAGCAUCGACAUCACUAGCCUUCUCUCGUCCACAUUUAGCCCCGCUGGACCUCUGGACUCUGUCGCCGAUGUCGUUCCCGCCAUGCCUACUCCCAUGCCCGCCACCUCUCCGUCACGCUGGCUCGGCCCCGACCUCCAAGUCGUGCGCGACGCCCUCUCGGCGCUCACCACCACUGAGGCUGAGAAACCCACCCAGAAGCCGCGCGUGCCACAGUCGCCGGCGCAGGCUGCCAAGAAGAAGGACGUCACAGCGAACCCCCUUGUGUUUACCGAGUCAAGCUGGUUCAACAGCAACAAGCCCGCCGCCGACGUCGCGACCACCUCGUCCAGCGCGCUCACCACCACCAAACAGCGCCUUCCCCCGCCAUUCCACGAGCCCCCCGAGGCUUCGCUCUCCGACCAGUUCCAGUCGUCUGUCCAGCUCGUCUCCACCUAUGUCUCAUGGGCCCUCGAGAACCUCGCUGCCUUGUCGGUCGCCGCAAUUGACAUCUUCCGUACCGAGAUCGAGAUUGAGAUCAGGUACUGGCGCAACCUCGCCGAUGACCUGUACAAGUCACCUCAGGUCCGCGAUGCCGUCAAGGUUGCCGUCGAUGGCGCCUCGGCAGGUAAAGCGUACUCGGAGCAAGCCAUCCAGCAGGCCUUCACUCGUGCUCGCCGUUGGCAGCGCAACGCAUGCGCCAACGGACGCUGUUCGCCUGACCGUUUACGCAAGGGCGCUUCUGUGGCUGUUUCCCAAGCCCAGCUGUCUUUCAAGGACGCCUCGGCUGCCGUCGCUCAAGUGCAGAAGCAGAUGCAGAAGAGCGGCUACGAAACGCUCAAGAAGGCGCGUCGUGGUCUCGACAAUGUCAUCCAUGCCGCCGGCCAAGCUGUGGACUCGGCCGCUACCGAAGCCCACGUCCGCGUCUAUGGCGCACAGAAGGACGGCAAAGCCAAGGCCACCUCCAAGGACCGCAAGGUCGAGCGUUCCGAGCGCAAGCAAUCCAGGCGCCUCGGAAAGCACAAGUCGCACAAGUGCAAGAAGAGCAAGAGCAAGAGCAGCAGCAAGAGCGCGCACGAUGAGCGGGAGCCACGCCGCGCAAAGCGCAAAUGCGGCGGCUUCUCGGGUCUGAUGCGCGGCUGCGAUGCAGCUGGCCCAGGCGGUGCGCAGCGCGGCUAG